CUCAAAAGCGUGUCGAAAGAAGCGGCCCUAGCAGGGGAGCCGUCGUAGUUGGUCAAAGGCAGAUGCGGGCGGUGAACAUUAAGAGAGUCCUGGGCGUCUUGCGCAUACAGCUCAGCGCCUUUGAUGGGCCAUGGCGUCUCGCGGAGGCAUCACGGAUUGGCUUUCCCUGAGUCAGCGAUUGAGAAGCACCCUUCAGAAGCUCAAAAACAACAGCUCUGAUGCGCCACACAUGUCAGCAUUGGCCAUCGCACUUCUGCUCCUUGUUUUGGGCUUUCAUUCACCUCACGCGGUCCUCGGCCAAUGUGGCAUCUUCGGCGCUUGCAACGGGACCGGACAGCUUUGCUGCGGGGGUGCCUCGUGCACCUUCACUCCUGCAAAUGGCAGCGCUAGCUUUUGUUGCGGCAAAACUACUUGCAAUCCUAGCCAGAACUGCUGCACAGGGUCUGGCCACUGCUGCGACUCCUCAUGUGUUGACCGGAAAGGAGCAUCAAUUUGUCCUGACAGUAUUUAUGGAGAUCCUCACAUCUCGCUAUCUAGCUUGAUUGACCCUACGAAGCACCCCAAUGUCGAAGAUUUUUCCUUUGACUUCCAUGGAGAAGCCAAUAGGACCUACUGCAUGAUUUCUGACCUCCUGUUUGCGGUUACCGUUCGUAUGUUCGGCCUCUCAGCUGACGCCAACAUCCUUGCGCGUCCCUUAGAGGACCCAACAAAGUUCUUUGAAGGCACCUGGAUCGACGGCAUUGGAUUCAUGUAUAUCAACUGGAGUGGAGAAGAGAGGAGGGUUGAGGUCCUCCUGAACCAUGAUGCCGACAGUUUUGGAGACGCUGAGCCUUUCUCGGCCACUUUUGGUGAUGGCACCCGCGUUCCCCUCAAUCACCAUGAGCUCGAUACCCUUUGGACCAGCCCCGACGGCAUGGUCAAGAUCAGCCCCCAUCCCACACGAGAGAGUGCGCUUUCAAUCUCCGUUGGCGAAUCAUUGGACAUGGAUAUCUUCCGGGAGUUUGAAGACGAGAUCAUCACUGAGCCACCCGUGCAGUUCCUGAACUUCGAGAUCCGUCAUGCUGCAACCUCGGCCAACGUUCACGGGUUCUUGGGUCAGAUGUACGCUCCUGGAGCAGUAGAGGAGCGGCUGGCAAUGGGCACCCUGGAGGGGUUUCUCCACCGCGAGUACGUAGAAGGCGCGGACGAGGACUACGAGACGUCCAGCCUCACCUCAUCGGACUGCGCCUUCGACCGCUUCGGCAAGGUCCCGCCGACAGCUUCCGACUUCUCCGCCGUCAAUCUCGGAAGGCGUCUCCUGAUGCCAGCUGUUUCGGACCGUGUGCCAGUGAGCUGCAGGGUCUUGGACAAGGGGAAAACAUUCGUGUGCGCUUGAGCCAUUCAGCCCCGCAGCGACACCGACGCUUCAGACUUCCACAUCCGUCACGGCCAGUCUCAUUGACACAGCGGUCUGUCGGUACUGUCAAAUACAGGGAUAUGUACGGGUAGCUAUGAUCAUGGCAAAGUUGAUCUUGGUGUUAAUACAGCGGAAGUACAUGAUAGUUUCAUAGUCGUUCGUAGCCAGGUUGCUUGUAUAGUCAGAUUAUACGACUUAUCAUUUAUAUAUAACAGUGAAGUCACAAGCUCCGCUCAGUAUGCAUCGCAUGGGCGACCUAGCUAGACGAUUCCUAUCAGGGCGCGACUGCAUCAGAUUUGAACAUCAGGAAGCUACUGCAAUGGAUUCUAGCAGCUUAUGGAUCUGACUUUCUACAAUCGAUAGAAGCAUAUACUGCUUGGACACAGCUCGUUUGUACUCAAGGACUUGCUCGUUUCCCAAACGAGAAUCUGGCAUGAUACGGAUUUGCGUCAAGAAGGGAAGGGUUUGCUUUGUUUCAUCAGAAACAUGUAAGCGGUUACGUUCAAAGACAUAAGCCUGCAGGAUGUGAUGGCUGUCCAGCUCCUCACUUGAAAAGUUUUUCGCACGUACAAUCUAGUUUCAGGCUAUUCUAAGAGAAUCAAAAGAAACGCAAGCUGCCAGCCGUCCCCCAAGAUCGAUCAUUCAUCUGGGCAUAUAAACAAGACUAAGAUCGAUAUAAUCGAUGAUUUGGAUAUGGAUGAUUAUAAGCAGGAUCGAUCCUUCUAGAAUGUGCCAGACAUAUUGUACGGUUUUACGACAGUGC